AUGGUCAAGGGUAAGAAGGCGAAAACUGCUGAACAAAAAGCCCGCGCGGCAGCAAAACAAUCGAAGAAAGCCGCAAAAGGCGAGAAAAAGAAAAGUGCUAAAGCAGCGGCUCUGAACGCCGACUCGGAUGGCGACGACAACGGCGACCUUGACGCCAUCUUAGCUGCCUACGCUGAGGAGCAAGCCAAGUAUCUCAAGGUCACAGAACAGCCCUGUGUCCCGCCUGGUCCGAGGUCGUCCAGUACAAUAGUUGCCUCGCCAUCCAACAGGAACGAGUUGUUCAUAUUCGGCGGCGAGUAUCAUGACGGGAGUACUGCCUCCUUUUACAAUGACCUAUUCGUAUACCUCAUCGAUAAAGGUGAGUGGCACCAGAUAGUCUCAGGAAACAGUCCUUUACCGCGAAGUGGGCAUGCAGCCUGCCGGGGCGGUAACACUGGUGGGAUAUACGUUUCAGGAGGUGAAUUUUCUUCGCCGAAACAGAAUCAAUUCUACCAUUAUCACGACUUCUGGCAUUUGGACACUGAAUCGAGGGAAUGGACCAAACUCGAACCGAGGGCCAAAGGCAAAAGCCCACCAGCUAGAAGCGGACACCGAAUGACAUAUUUCAAGAACUAUAUUGUUCUCUUCGGCGGCUUUCAGGAUACGUCGCAGCAGACGAGGUACUUGAAUGACACGUGGAUAUAUGACUGCAAGGAGAAUACAUGGCAUGAAAUGAAACUACCGCCAGCAGCCCAGAGACCUGACCCUCGCUCCUCAUUCAGCUUUCUGCCCCACGAGUCCGGCGCUGUUCUGUAUGGAGGCUACUCCCGUAUAAAGACGACAUCCGCAAGUGCUGGUGGUGGAGGAAAGCAGGUCGGUAAAGGGAGCGGGUCUUCAGGCCCUGUGCGCAAUAUUCUCAAGCCGCUCAUGCACCAAGACACCUGGUUCCUCCGCAUCACUCCUCCAGCCCCAGAAGCCUCGAGCGGUGCACCUCCAUCACUGCGUUGGGAACGGCGGAAGCGGCCGGCCAACGCGCCCAAUCCGCCACGCGCAGGUGUAACAAUGUCCUCGCACAAAGGACGCGGUGUCAUGUUUGGAGGCGUGCACGAUGUCGAAGACAGCGAGGAAGGCAUCGACAGUGAGUUCUUCGACGAGAUGUUCAUCUGGAACAUUGAUCGAAAUCGAUUUUUUCCGCUUUCGUUGAGACGACCGAAAGCCGGAGGGGCCAAGAAGCAAAUCCAAGCCGCAACGCGGGGAGGUCGUGAUAGGGGCAAAGCAGAUGAGGAAGAACUACUCCGCAACCUCGCAGCUCUCGAGACGAAGGGCUCAAUAUCGGCCGCCGAGGACAUCGACAUCAAUGUGACGGACCAGGAAGAACCUGAGCCUGAGGUCCCAAAAAGGGUAUUUCCUGUUCGAUUCGAAAUGCCCCAUCCUCGCUUCAACGCGCAGCUUACUGUGCAGGACGACAUAUUGUACAUAUUUGGGGGCACGUUCGAGAAAAAGGACGUGGAGAUCACUUUCUCAGACCUCUACGCCGUUGACCUGGGCAAGCUUGACGGCGUGAAAGAGUUACACUACGUCGAACCCGUCAACUGGAACGUAACCAGCCAAGAGAGCGAUGAAGAGAUGGACGAAGACGAUGACGAAGAAGAAGGGGACGACGACGAUGAAGACAUGGACAUGGACACGGACGAAGAAGUCGAGAGCAAAGUGGGGGACACCGUGUCCAUCUUCAGCUCGCCUUCAAUGUCCACCGCCCCUACAACGCCCCUGUUCCGCGCCACGGAACUCGAAACCGAACCAGAGACCCUCGCCUCGCAGGACUCCCGCCCCUUCCCGCGCCCCUUCGAAUCGCUCCGGGACUUCUACGCCCGCACCUCGGAAGACUGGCAGCGGAUCCUGAUCGAGAAACAAUCGUACGGCGGUAAGGCUGAGAUGGCGGCGUUGGCGGCUGAGCAGACGAUCAAGGAGUUGAGGAAGAAGGCCUUUGAGCAGGCCGAGGAGAGGUGGUGGGAUUGUCGUGAGGAGGUCGGAAGGUUGGAGGAUGAGCAAGAAGAGGCGGGGAUCGGUGAGAUUGUGAGCAUGGAAGGGCGGGGGGCUGAAGGAGGUGUGGGCAGGAGACGUUGA